UUUUCAUUUUAGAGAGAGGGAGAGUGAGAGGAAGUUCUAGAGAGAGAAAGAGGAGAAGAAGAAGAAGAUGAUGAUGGUGGAGGAUUUUUUGGGCAGAUGGUUCUUAAGGAAAUGGCAAGGGAAAAGUCGAUCAACCAUGAGUUUGAGGGCUUAAGAGCAACGUGUACAUAUCUGGCCUCCUUGGCCACCGCAGUUAGGAUAUAUUUGAGGGACAUAAAGUAUAAAUCUAUUUUGUCGCUUAAGUCUACUAUUUCGUAAACUUCGAAUGUAAUUAUAUUCUGAUAAAUCUAUUUGGGAUCACAUGUAAAUAUGUAUAGUUUUAAUGGAAAGUUCAUAUCUUUGUCCAAAAUGUUUAUUGCCUAAACCUUUAAUUAAUUUAAUUACACAUUGGAGUCUCUUAACAAGUUAAGCACUAUUUUAAACACAAAGUGUAACAAUCUUGGAUUAGUAGGAUGUUACAUUUGUCCUCAAAAUUCACAUCAUUAUUGCUUCAACGUUUUUCACUUGAGUGUCACAACCGCUCAACAGCCCCUUUAGGCAUUAUAACUCCAUAGAAUUUACUUUCGUAACUCUACUUAAGUUCCUCAAGAACAUAUUGACAUGUCUCUGUUAAUUCUCAUAGCAACAUCCCAUGAUCAUUAAUUCGUACUUUCACAAAAUGCGGGUAACUCCACCCUCCUUUCUAAUCCUCAUUACUUAAUCCCUUUGGGAGUGUUCUUGUAACGCUUGCUCCAUUUCCUUACUUCCAAUAGUUUUCCGCUUUAUGUCUAUGUCACUACUACUGGAUCUAGGAACAAUCCAUCCUCAAAGUUCACUUGAACUCUUCUAAGAAUGGCUCUUAAUUGUCAACUUACUUAUUAUUAUAAGUAGCUUUCUCCACAACUUUCCAAUUAAUGUUUCCUUGCCACUUAACUUCUUAGUUUUCUUCUCUAGAGUGCUUGUUAUCCCAAAAAUUUGAAAAUGAUGAUGUGGCCAUAGGAAUGACAUGUGGCAUGGAAUAGUUGGGUGAUCUGGCUUAGCAGCAACCCAGUACAUCAGUGAAGAGUUUUGACUGCUUGAGAGGUGUCAUGACCAAGCCAAGUGCACCCGAGGAGAGGUCCAAGGUGUGGUCGGACCUUGGUCCGAGGAGAGGGCCAAGGUGUGGUCGGACCUUGGUUCGAGGAGAGGGCCAAGGUGUGGUCAGACUUUGGUCCGAGGAGAGGCCCAUGGUGUGGUCGGACUUUGGUCCGAGGAGAGGGCCAAGGUGUGGUCGGACCUUGGUCCGAGGAGAGGCCCAUGGUGUGGUCGGACCUUGGUCCAAGGAGAAGCCCAUGGUGUGGUCGGACUUUGGUCCGAGGAGCAGUCCAAGGAGUGUGGUCGGACGCAUGUCCGAGGAGAGACAAAGGAUUAGUCCUUAUGCAUAUGUCCGACCAGCACUUGUAUGAAUCCAACAUGCAUGUGUUCGACCAGAAGACUAUAUUCAUCAACCAAAUAGACCAGACUGCGUCAAAUUCCCACAAACGGCUUCAGCAAGACUCGGACUGGGUAUACGCAGGAACCUCUCAUUCUUUGCUCAAAUUGAGGAUUCUGUUGUAUUUUGAAUAUUUCUUGUAAUUUAAAUAUAAUACAAAUAAUAAACUAUCCCGAUCCUAGGGGAUGUCAGUUUCUCAUUCCAAGCCUAUAAAUAGAGGGUUGAUGGGAUCAGGAAAGGACUUUUGACAAUUUGAAUUUUUGGUCUGAGUUUUCUAGAGAGAGAAAGUGCGUUUUCUUGAGAGAGAACUCUUUUGUAUUUUGAGAAUUUACACUGAAGAAACUCAGUUGACACUGGUUCAUCUGAUCUUGAGUGUAGAUAAAAUAAUCAAAUCUCUAAGUGGAUUAGGCUAUUACCAACUGAUUGGGGCUGAACCACUAUAAAAAUUGUGUGGGUUCUUUAUUUUCUUUAUUAAACUGUCUGUGUCGUUUGAAUUCUCUUGAAGGUUUGUCGUUUUUUACGUUCUCACGUCUUUGGCUAAAAACGCAGUCAACAUUUUGGUGCUUUCAUUGAGAGCCUGAAGAGAAGAACAGACGGUCCCUGAAGCAAUAUGGCACCUAAGAACACCAAUGCGGCCUCCAAGAAGACAAGCUUCUUUAAAGAGCAUGCGAGAUCAGAGGGUCCUAGCGUUCAAGAUCGUGAAACUAAGCCCAGAGUCGUACUCGAGGACGUAGCUCCAGAAGUUGAAGAGCUCCAGGAAGCCAUGAGCGCCUUCCAGGAGGAGAUGGCUCAAUUCAACGCCAGGCAGGAGGCGUUCGCUGAGGAAAUGGCUAGGCAGAAUGCUGCAUUCGAGCAGCAGAAACAGGAGAUGGACGCUAGGAGUGAGGAGAUCCGUCGACAGCAGGAGGAGGCCGACAGGCGACAUCGCGAAGCUGCACUCGCGCUGGAGGCAGCUACGCAGCUGACCCGAGCCAAUGCCCAAGUUGCACCUGGGGUGGCAGCCACCACAGAGGCAAGGACCACAGAACCUGGUCGUAAGAAAACUGAUAGACCAGGCAGAGGUGGUAGUAACCCACCUGGUCAUGAGGAGGAUGGAGUCCGAUCGCGCACUAGCUCAACUCAAAGGGGGAACUCCAAAACCCCCUCAAGGAGCCACCGAUCAGAGACUUCCAGAUCAGGGAGUCACAAGUCAGGCAGCAAGAAAACACCUCCUGAGCAGGAGCAUAAUAAAGCUCCUCGUGGCAAUGAGACUUCCCACUUCAAAGAUAGGCAUGGGCGUGAUGAAGCUGACAGUCAUCACACUAACCAUUCUAAGGAGAAGAAUAAUAAUAGCCAUCAAGGAGGGGAGGAUCGACCAGCUCAGACAGGAAGGCCACCAAGGCAUCCCAACCAGCGCAGUGGCAAGGAGCACGUCCACGUAGCAAACCAUCUGAGAAGACUCGGAGUACGGUGUUCGAUCGGUUGGGAAAGCACACUGCUCAGAAGGACCUGAUGAACGUCAUUGAUGAUAGAAGGAGGAUCGUCCCGGUCGAAGGGCAAGAGCCAAUCCGUCCUACCAAUCGAGUAGAAAUACUUGAUGAUGGUUUGCCGGAUAGGAACACCCGACCAGGCGGUCCCGAAAGUGAGUCCCCAGCGGUGGCCCCAGGCAUCCAAGCCCAGCUUGAUGCUUUGAUAGCAGCAGUCCAGAGUUUGUCAAAGCAACCAGCUGCGAUUGAUCCAGUAGAUCACAGAAGUGGCAGCCCUUUUUAUGCUCGAAUUAGAGCAGCUCAACCACCAGCGAAAUACAAAGCACUGGUACUACCAGUUUAUACAAAAAAGGCAGACCCAGUAAGACACGUUGGAAAGUUUGAAGAUCAGAUGGAGCUGCUCGGGGUGAGUGAUGACUAUCGCUACAGAGUCUUCCCCACCACAUUGUCAGACACUGCCCAGGAGUGGUACUGGAAAUUUAAACCAGACUCCAUCACUUCUUGGGAAAGUUUUAGGAAGGAGUUUUGCAGGCAGUUUAGUACUGCUCGAACCCCUCCUGUUUAUGCCAAUCACUUGGUGGAUAUUAGGCAAGGAAAAGAUGAGUCUCUCAAGAACUACAUUCAAAGGUUCAUGAGAGAAGCUAACCGAGCUACUGCGGUUGGAGAUGAGGGGAAGAUGGUGGCGAUCUCUUCCAGCAUUAUCUAUCGAAGUCCUUUGUGGGACAGCAUCCAUUGUCAUCCAAUUUCAACAUUACAACAAUUUUUAGACCGGGCGGAUAAGUACAUGAAGUUGGAUGAUGCAAUUGAGAAGGGAGAAAAUGGAUUGAACAAUCCGAGCGGGUCGAAUGAUCCCCCCAAGAAUGGUGGGAAUGAUCAAGGUGGUGGUAAGAAACGUGGGAAUAACGGGUCUGACCGCCACAAUGAGAAGAAGGCUAAGUCGGGACCAAACGACAAGCCAACUAAGUAUGAACCUCGAUUCACCAACUACACCACCCUUUCGGCGAGUCGAGCAGAGAUCUACUUGGCCAGUCAUCAAGAAGUCCCUUACCGGAAACCCCCACCAAUCAAGAAAGAGAUGAGUAAAAGAGAUAUGAACAAGUUCUGUCGCUUCCAUGGAGACUAUGGUCACGACACGAAUGAGUGUAAUCAUCUCAAAGAUGAGAUAGAGUUUCUCCUCCGGUCGGGGAAGCUAAAAAAGUAUCGAGCAGAGAAGACCCAAGGAGAGGGGAGAAACAACAAUCCUGGGUUCAAGCGGCAACGAUCCCCACCUUUGCAACCUGAACCUGUGGACUUCACACUAGAUACUAUAUGUGGAGGACCACAUCUUGCUGGAGAUAGCAACAAGGCAAGGGAGAGGUAUGCUCGCACCCUUCGUCACGAAUUGGAUGCGGCAUCCACCUCCGAAGUUAUGACAGUGGAGGAGCAACCACCGAAGAACCCAAGAUAUGAAAGUGAGUCCCUCACUUUCACUGAAGAAGAUGCCCGGCACGUGAGGUAUCCUCACAAUGACCCUCUUGUUGUGACAGUCCAAAUUGCUAAUAUGAAAGUGAAGAGAUGUCUGGUCGAUACAGGGAGCUCUGUGAACAUUAUUUAUAAGUCGUCCUUCGAGAAGAUGAAGCUAUCUGUCAAUGACUUGAAACCGUGCUCUCAAGUCAUUUAUGGAUUUACUGGAGAAGGAUUGUCACCAGCUGGGACAAUCAAGUUGCCAGUCACAACGGGGGAAGCUCCCAGGCAUGAAACCGUAAUGACCGAGUUUUUGAUUGUUGAUUGCCCGUCCGCCUACAAUGUGGUUAUUGGUCGACCACUGCUCACAAACUUACAUGCAGUAGUUUCAAUCUGGCACCUUUCUAUGAAGUUCCCGACUAGUGCUGGCAUAGGCUGUGUCCAAGGAGACCAGAGGGAGGCUAGGGAGUGCUAUAAUGCCUCGGUAGCUAAGGCAAAGAAGGGUGCCAAGGAGAGCAAUAUGAUUGUAUGUGUUGAGAAAGAGGAGGUGGACAAGAUGGAUGUCGACCAGAGUCUUGCAGUUGUAACCGAUGAAGAGAUGUUAGAGCAGAAGACCCUAUCUGGUGAUGAAGUCACCAAAUAGGGCGUUGCCCAAAGCGAGGGAAGGGACUUUGAUCCUCGCUUUGGGGAUUAUGAAAGUGAUGUGGGACCGUCCGAGGAGUUAGAGGAGGUCCUUAUAGAUGAGAAUGACCCGACGAUAGGGGUCAAAAUUGGAAAAUAGUUUAAAGCAGAGGUGAGAGCACAGCUGAUAGAAUUUUUGCGAAGGAAUCAAGAUGUCUUCGCCUGGUCUCACAAAGAUUUGGUGGGCAUCUCACCAACUGUGAUCAGCCACGUGCUCAACGUGGAUGAAAACUAUCCAGCAGUGCAGCAGAAGAGGAGAUUGCUUGACAAGGAUCGAGCAAAAGCUCUUAAGGAGGAAGUAAAGCGGUUAAAGGAGAAUGGGUUUAUUAGGGAAGCAUACUACCCUGCCUGGGUUUCAAACCCAGUGUUAGUGCCCAAACCCAAUGGGAAGUGGAGGACUUGCGUAGAUUUUACUGAUCUGAACAAAGCAUGUCCAAAGGAUUGCUUUCCUUUGCCAAGAAUAGACUAGUUGGUAGAUGCAACCUCUGGUCAUGAGACAUUGUCCUUCAUGGAUGCAUAUUCGGGGUACAACCAGAUCAGCAUGCAUCCUCCUGAUGAAGAGCAUACCAGCUUCCGAACAGAUAUAGGACUAUACUACUAUAAGGUCAUGCCCUUCGGACUGAAGAAUGCAGGGGCUACCUAUCAGCGUUUGGUGAACGGUAUGUUUCGCGACUUAAUCGGCAAAAGCAUGGAGGUGUAUGUAGAAGAUAUGCUGGUGAAGUCAUAAGAAGCUGAAGGGCACGUGCGAGACUUAGAGGAGUGCUUCGCAAUACUGGGAAAAUACAGCAUGGAGUUAAACCCCCUCAAGUGCUCAUUUGGAGUGGGUUCUGGAAAAUUCCUUGGGUUUAUUGUGAACUCCCGAGGAAUAGAGGCAAACCCAUAAAAGAUAAAGGCCCUCAUAGAAAUGAAGUCUCCAGCUAGAAUAAAGGAUGUACAAAGCCUGACUGGGCGGAUUGCAGCUCUAAGCAGGUUCGUUUCGAAAUCAACGGACAAGUGCGUCCCGUUUUUUAACCUGCUUAGAGGAGGCAAGAAGUUUGAGUGGACUGCAGAAUGUGAGCAAGCUUUCCAGGCCAUAAAAGAGCAUUUGGCCCAACCUCCUGUCCUUUCUAAGCCAGUUGAUGGAGAAGACCUCUUUUUGUACCUAGCAGUUAUAGAGCAUGCUGUUAGUGCUGCCUUAGUACGAGAGGAUGUUAGAAUGCAGCACCCGGUGUACUAUGUCAGCAAGCGAUUGAUAGGAGCAGAGUCCCGAUAUCCCGUGAUCAAAAAGUUGGCUUACUGCCUGGUACUCGCAUCACGGAAAUUGCGGCCAUACUUCCAGGCACACCCCAUUAAGGUCCUUACUGACCAGCCUCUACGCCAAGUCUUACAGAAGCCGGAGUCAUCUAGUCGGCUACUUAAAUAGGCAGUUGAGUUAGGCCAAUUCGAAAUCAAGUACCAGCCGAGGACUGCUAUUAAGGGUCAAGCUUUGACAGAUUUCAUUGCUGAAUGUACCGGAAUCGCUGAUGUUCCCGACCAGCAAGAGAGUGUUACUAUGCAGAAAGAAGAACUUCCUACUUGGCAACUUUUUGUUGAUGGGUCGUCGAAUGAGCAUCAUUCAGGAGCUGGAAUUAUAUUUGUCACACCAGAGAAGCACCGAAUCCAUUGUGCACUGAGAUUCGGAUUCAAUGCUUCUAACAAUGAGGCGGAGUAUGAAGCCCUCCUAGCAGGCUUGCGACUGGCCAGAGAUGUACGUGCCCUGUCGGUGGAAAUAAAUAGUGAUUCCCAAUUGGUGGUCUACCAAGUCUUGGGGGAAUACCAGGCAAGGGGCCUACGCAUGGUGGCGUACUUAAAUAAGACCAAAGAUAUGCUAGCACAGUUUGAGGAGUAUACCAUCAAACUAGUACCACGGGAGCAGAACUCUAAUGCAGAUGCUCUAGCAAAGCUAGCUAGUGCAAAAUAUGCUGAAACUCUGAAUAUAGUAUCGAUAGAAUACUUGGCGGAGCUGAGCAUUAAUGAACAAGAGGCCAUGUCGAUCACGAUAGCUGACACCUGGAUGACCCCCAUUAUUACUUAUCUUGAGCAAGGGACCCUCCCAGAGGAACGUAAUGAAGCAAGGAAGAUUAUGAGGCAAGCUGCUAGGUACACCAUGAUGGAUGGGGUGUUGUAUAGAAGAGGGUAUUCCUUACCCCUGCUCAGGUGCAUAACACCCGACCAGUCAAAGAAUUUAUUAGCUGAGGUGCAUGAAGGGUUCUGUGGAGAUCAUGUUGGGGGGCAGAGUCUAUCUAAAAAGAUCUUGCGGCAAGGAUUUUUCUGGCCUACCAUGAACGAGGACUCUAUGGAAUAUGUGAAGAGAUGUGACAAAUGCCAAAGAUUUUCUAAAGUGCCCAGAGCGCCCCCAAACGUCUUGAAGCAAAUGCAAAGUCCAUGGCCUUUUGCAGUGUGGGGUAUUGAUCUGAUCGGGAAGUUGCCCAAAGAGAAAGGAGGAGUGCAGUUUGCAGUGGUUGCAGUAGAUUAUUUCACUAAGUGGACUGAGGCCGAACCAUUAGCCACGAUCACAUCGAAGAAAGUGUUGGACUUUGUGGUUAAGAACAUAAUAUGUCGCUAUGGUCUGCCUAAGAAGAUAGUGUCUGACAACGACACCCAAUUUGACAGCGACAUAUUUACCGAUUUUUGCACUCGGCAUGACAUCACAAAAAGUUUCUCCUCGGUAGCCCAUCCACAAGCCAAUGGACAGGUUGAAGCGGUAAACAAGACAUUGAAGGACACUUUGAAAAAGCGCCUGGAGCGAGCUAAGGGUGCUUGGGCGGAAGAAUUACCAGAAGUCCUUUGGUCAUACAGGACUACUGCUCGGACAGCAACUGGACAAACCCCAUUUUCUUUGGCAUAUGGGUAUGAAGCCAUGAUACCUGUGGAGAUAGACCCUCCAUCUCAUAGAAGGACCAUGUACAACCAAGAGGAGAAUCAUCAAUUGUUGGCAGAAUCCUUGGACUUCCUCGAGGAGAGAAGAGAGGAGGCAAACCUGAGAGUUGCUACUCACCAGCAAAAAGUGGCGCGCUACUUCAAUUCCAAAGUACGAGAUCGAAAGUUCUAGGUCGGAGAUUUGGUCCUCAGAAAGGUGUUUGUCAGAGACCCAGCAGCUGGUGUACUAGGACCAAACUGGGAAGGACCAUAUCAAAUUGAGCAAGUCUUGCCAUCCGGCACCUACAAGCUGGCUCGGUUGAAUGGAGAGUUGAUUAGGAAUUACUGGAACGGCGAGCACUUGAGGAAAUAUUAUCAAUAAAUACUGCUUACAGAGUAGUGGCUUUGUAUCAAGUGCUUAACUUGUUAUUUAAGUUUUUGUUUGUAGACUGGUGAUAAGUAUAUUUUUGUAUAAAGUUUACCUUUCUACUUAUCAGAUUUUGUGUUCAUAAGUAGUGUGUUUGGGGAUAGUUAGAAUCGUUUUGUUAAUUUGAUUCAUUUAAUCUAAAUUAUUAUUUUUAAGGAUAAUUGUAUAUUUUUGAUGAUUUUUGGUUGAAUGAUGAUUUUGUAGGAUUCUAACUAUUGGAGUAAAGUGUUAAAGAGGAGAAAAA